AUGGAUUUACAACCAUCGUGCUUGGUUGAUGGCAACCGUAGAAGAUUACGAUGCAAAGUCAGUUUAAGGACAAUUUAUGCGUCGCCACGGUUCAGCUUCGGUAAGGCUCUCUUCUUCAAUGUUAACGUUAUGCGGCAUUUAUUAAAUGGUUUGACGCCCGGUGACUCCCCUCGGCUCGUCAGCUUACCCAAACAAGGUCACGAACCAUGCGCCAACGCCGAAAGUGCAGCUUCAGGCUGGCAUGCUUGACUGGGGAUUCAUGGCCCCCGCUUUCUGCAUGUUACGCUACCGAGCUGGAAAAAAAAGAAAAAAAAACUGGAUGCCCAGUUCCAUCCACCUUUGGUUGUACAGCUCCUGUAUGGUCAGCCCUACUAUUUCGA